UAGUGCCAACGAUCUCAAGGAUAUUGCCCUGUUAGCGUUGAAUAAUACCAGCAGCCUUCGGAGGAGACCAAAGAGGAAGGAACAGGUCUAUACCUCAACCACCGUAACCACUGUAACAAAAACUACGGUUGUGAACAAAACAGAAAACCUACCGCGUGGGUUUAAUCUUCAGUGACAACGGUGAACUGUUGAAUAGCAAUCUUGACCUACGACAGCUGCUCGAGGGAAAGCAAGCAGGCAGAACUUGCUUCCAGCGAAAGCAGUAGCACAAUUAAGGAAGAGGUUAACAAUAACUUGCCGAAAGAUUCCAAAUGCCAGCGCCAGUUUAGCAUUUUGGAUGAUAGUAAUUUCGACUUUAUUGACGAUAGUGCUGACUUGUUUAACCGUAACUACACGGGCAACAAUGUUGCCGUCCACGCCAAUUCGGCAAGCUCAACACCAAAAGUUCUUAGAAAAUGUAAUAACUGCAAAAACAAAUCUAAUCUAGUCUACAAGGGAACCGUUAGUUCGCCGCAUCGAAAGAAGCAAAUUAACGAUGAACUGAAUGAAGUGGAGUCGGAGAUGAGGGCGCAUGAGAACAAGGAAGAGAACAAACAUUCCAAUAAAGAUAAGCAGAUGGCAUUAGGACGUAAGAAAUUCAACAUGGACCCAAAGAAAGGCAUAGAAUUUUUAUAUGAAAACCAACUUCUGAGGACGGACCCGCAAGACGUAGCUCAAUUUUUGUAUAAAGGAGAGGGCCUCAACAAGACAGCCAUUGGCGAUUAUCUAGGCGAGAAGAAUGACUUCAACGAGCAGGUGCUGAAGGCCUUCGUGGAUCUGCAUGACUUUACCAACCUUAUUCUAGUGCAAGCUUUAAGACAAUUUCUCUGGUCAUUCAGGCUACCCGGUGAAGCGCAGAAGAUCGACCGCAUGAUGGAAUGCUUCGCACAGCGGUACUGCCAGCUCAAUCCGGACAUCUUCACUAACACAGAUACAUGCUAUGUGCUUAGUUUUGCAAUCAUUAUGCUAAACACGUCGUUGCAUAAUCCAUCGGUGAAAGAGAAACCAACCGUUGAGCAAUUCAUAUCGAUGAAUAGAGGCAUCAACAAUGGAGGAGAUUUACCGAGAGAAUUGCUGGAGUCUCUGUAUGAAUCCAUCCGGACAGAGCCGUUCAAGAUACCUCAGGACGAUGGCAACGACCUAAUGCACACAUUCUUCAAUCCAGACAAGGAAGGAUGGCUCUGGAAGCAAGGCGGACGAUACAAAUCGUGGAAACGAAGGUGGUUCAUUCUGAAUGACAACUGCUUGUACUACUUCGAGUACACAACCGACAAGGAACCAAGAGGGAUUAUCCCGCUCGAAAACAUUGCGGUACGUGAAGUGCAAGACCGCAGCAAACAGUUCUGUUUCGAGUUGCAUGCCAGCGGUGGUGCGGAAAUUAUCAAAGCAUGCAAAACCGAUUCCGAAGGGAAGGUAGUCGAGGGUAAGCAUACGGUAUAUCGAAUGUCGGCCGCCAACGAGGAGGAACAACAGGAGUGGAUCAAGUGUCUCAAUCAGUCCAUCAGUCACAACCCGUUUCACGACAUCCUAGUACAAAGGAAGAAGAAGGCCCUCGCAAAAAGAAUAUUAAUCCUCAUCUUCAAUUGGUUCACGUGUUUUGGGUUCGAGAACGAGAAGGAUCAAGAUGACGACGACGACGACGAUGAAUGCAGGAAGAGUUUAACCAAAUGCCAAAUGUCGUCAAGUUGAGGGGUUGACUGGGCGGUUGGAACCAUGCAGCGUAACACAAUAUCCUUCCUAUGUCCCAGUUUAAAUAGCUACUGCUAAGCCAGAUGACAUCUAAGCUCAUCAGUAGUAUUAAACGCAAAUGUAAUUGUUAAUUAGAUGGUUUGUCCAGUAAGUAAAUGUCUUCCAGCUUAA